GACACAGUAGUCUUUCUUUCCUUUCCCUCCUCUAUAUUUUCUCUUUCUCGCGAGCCUGUAUAGUGACAGUUGACUACACUUUGAAAUGAGCAAUGACGGAAACGAUUCAAAAACUUACCAAAGCAGGAUGAGCUUUGCAGAAAGAAGCGGCAACAGCAGCAAUAACAACAGUAGCAGCAGCAAUAGGCGAGACACAGCAAGAGAGUUCCGGCCUAGUGCACGUGAUGGUGGGUUUGCGACGAACAACGACGGCUGGAACUCCACAAGAAGAAGCAACUAUAAUGAUUUUGACCAGCAACAGCAACAGCCACCCUAUAGACCAAGGUGGAAGGAGCACGGGUCCUCAGAUUUUGGUGGCUCGGGCCGUAGCAACAGCUAUUUUCGCUCUGCAUCACCAUUCGAUGAUCGUGGGUCAUAUGUAUCCGGUUGGAGAGAGAGCUAUUCGGCUUGCCAGAUGAUAUGGACCAAGCACACACAGGCAUCAAUUUCAACAAAUAUGAUAAUAUUCCUGUCGAAGCGUCCGGUGACGACGUGCCUGACUUUAUUGAAAAGUUUACUAGUCCGCCACUUGACAGCCAUCUCGUGACCAACGUGGAACUCGCGCGCUACACAUCGCCAACGCCAGUACAAAAGUACUCGAUACCCAUCGUAAUGGCACACCGUGACUUGAUGGCUUGCGCACAGACAGGAUCUGGUAAAACGGCCGGGUUUUUGCUCCCAAUUUUAUCAGACCUAU